GUUACCGGAGCGCACAUGAUUGCGGUGAUAGGUCCACCCGGUGAGCCGGGUCCACCCGGAAAGAGGGGCAAGAAAGGGAAGAAGGGCGAUCCCGGGGAGCCCGGUGCGCCGGGUGUGGCCGGGACGCCGGGCAAGAACGGUUUUCCGGGACCUAUCGGCUUGGACGGGCCCAAAGGUGAUCCGGGCCGACCCGGUGACAAAGGGCAGAAGGGCGAGCUGGGCAGCCCCGGAUUCGACGUCUUGUCCGCAGUGAAGGUCAAUGCACAGGGAUUGGGGUUAAAGAGGUCGGUGACGACGCUCCGCGGCGGGACGCUCGGCUACGCGGAAAUCGUCGCCCUCAAGGAUCUUCAGGAGAAAGGGGUUAAUAUCUCAGCGCAGAACAUCAUACCACUGAAAGGAGAGCCGGGUGAACCUGGACCGCCGGGACCACCCGGUCCGUCAGGAGCCGAGGGUCUUCCCGGGCACGAGGGCAGACAAGGGAUUCCGGGCGAGGUCGGCGCACCAGGGGAGAAGGGCCCGCCCGGGCCGAUCGGACCUAUCGGCCCGACGGGCACGCCUGGACUUGCAGGUCCCAAGGGUGACAAGGGUGAUAAAGGCGAUCGGGGCUUCACGACGACCUUAAAGGGUGAGCAGUUUCCAAGUGGAGUAUUCGAAGGCCCACCUGGUCCACCAGGACCACCUGGGUCCCCGGGCGAGAAGGGAGAACUGGGCCCGACAGGACCGCCCGGCCUGCCCGGCGAGAAGGGUGCUCGGGGAAAGCAAGGGAAGAGGGGUUUCAAGGGUGAGAGCGGUUUGGCAUUGGCGAGGGGUGUCCCCGGCCUGCCGGGUCCGAAGGGUGAGCCCGGCGAACGGGGUUACUGGGGCGAAAAGGGCGCCAUGGGAGACGCGGGUUCACCAGGGCCCAAGGGAGAGGUGGGACUGCAGGGCUUACCGGGACUUAACGGAACCGACGGCGAUCCCGGUAUCCAAGGACCCCCCGGAUUACCGGGAAUAUCCGGACCUAAAGGUGAAAAGGGCGACUAUGGCGACAUUGGUCCCCCCGGCCUUAUGGGACCUCCAGGUCUACCCGGCCCACCGGGCUAUCCCGGGAUGAAAGGCGAAAAGGGAGAAAAAGGCGAAUCGAAGUACAAAAAGCUCAGGCGAAGACAGGGAGACGGCACGUUCGAGAUGAACGCCGGGGAAGUGAUAAUGGGCCCGCCUGGACCUCCAGGACCCGCUGGUACCCCCGGACUACAGGGCCCACCCGGGAUCAAGGGUGACAGAGGACACGAUGGCGCCAAGGGCGAUCCUGGAGAAAAGGGUGCCAAAGGGGAUCCUGGUCCGAUGGGACUGCCCGGCCCCAUGGGACUGAGGGGAGAGUCCGGAAAGCCCGGGGAUUCCGGGAAACCUGGCGCCAUGGGAUCACCAGGAUUAGACGGCAUGAAGGGCGCGCAGGGCGAGCCAGGGACGAAGGGAGAAAGAGGAGAUCCGGGAUUGCCUGGUACCGACGGGAUUCCCGGCGCGGAGGGACCGAAGGGAGAGAAAGGUGCCAAAGGCGAAUCUGGGCCGCCGGGUAAACGCGGCAGAAAAGGCGACAAGGGCAACAAGGGAGAUCAAGGUGUUCCAGGAUUGGAUGCCCCGUGUCCGCUGGGACCGGACGGACUCCCCUUACCGGGCUGCGGCUGGAGACCACCGCAGCCGAGGAGCAACAUCCUGCGCCAAUGGCUGGAGGAGGAGGAGGAGGAUGGGGAGGAGGUGGAGAACGAGCGGCAGUGAUGUUGCAAGGACAAUAGCGCAUUUUUUUCAUAAGGACUUCUGUAUACCCUCCCGUUCCCGCCUCCGUCUCGUUGCGACCGCGUUACGAGAAAGAAAAAAAAACAAAUAUAUAUAUAUAUACAUAUUAUAUAUACGCCAAAAUAAUCAUCUUGCCAUCGAGAGUGUUGUAAAUAUGUGUACUUACAGUGUCUAGCGUCCGCAGUGCGUGUACAUAAGUAAUUAGAGCUUACUGCGAAUCUACGAUCGUAUCGGCGACGACGACGGUCGUCGGUAUCGUCGGCUAAUACCACACACAUACCCACAUGCAUACAAAAAGUAUACGGUGACGGAUCCGCGAUCGAUACUCUCCGUGUUCCGUGCGUGAGGAAAGACGGGGAAGGAGUCUUCCGGGAUGGAGAUUCGCCGACGAUCCUCUCGCGCGGAGGAACGUCGGGACUGCGUCGCAGGACCGCGGAGAGACCUCCGGAGGCAAAGUCGGAGACGAGGGAUAAUCCCGAAAGAAUCGCAGUGAAGUGCGCGAAGGACGCAUCAUCUCGCGGACGAACGUGAUGGUGUCGAGAGAUGGGGAAGGAUCUCGCGCUCUUCAUGCGAGUCUCGCGGCGACGACAUAUUCUCCGUGGAAGGCGACGUAUUCUCCGCGGAUUUGAGACGAGAGCUACGAGACACGAACGAAGAGUGGGAAAAAAAUCGCAACCGAUGGAUUAGCUCUUAGCCACGGCCUGAGGCGCGUUUCGAAUGCCCCCUUUUCAUUCUCUUUUUUUUUCGUCUUGCAAACAUUUUGCGUAAAAUUUCAAAACAAAGAAAAAAUGCGAGACCAUAUCAAGAUAUUCAUCCGGGAAUAUUCCUGAAGAAUUGCGUUUCAUCCCGGCGCGCGGUCAGGCCCGCCUUUCAGCUAAUCCCGCGGGAGAGACGCCGAUUCGUACCUGUGAAGAGAGACGAGCUUCGCCGUACUUUUACCACAUAGAUAGAACAACCGUAGACUCGCGCGACGGGAGGGAGUUUUUUUGAUACGACUAGUUGAUUAGCGGCGCGCCGUCCCGUCUAGAUUAGAAUCAUAUAUUUUAACGCUAGUAUACUGUGCGUAAACGCAGGGCACGCGCGUUGUCGAUACCUGCGAGGUACAUCGCGGAAUGAAUCAUCAGCGAGGGUAUAUCUUCCCGAUGUCAGAAAUAUCGGACCGCGGCGUCUCGCAGCCCGCAGCCGUUUUCUUUUUCGGUCUCUCCCGAACGUGGCCCGUCCCCCCACGCGCGGAUAUUUUCCAUACGACGUCG